CUCAGGUACUGGAGCAGCCAGAUUUUGUGCAGCGAAGGGCAGGGACUGAGACGCUGCGCCAGGUCCCAGAUGUGUCCUCAAGCUCUCGAGGGGCAGAUCUAGCAGCCAGCGGCAGCCCCCCCGCCCCUCCCCGCAGCGGCCCGCGGGCCAGACGUGGCUUCCUGGGCCGGGAGUUCCAAGGCCGCCAAGCAGGAGAAGUUGCACCUUCACCUCCUGGCACCGCAGCCGAUCGCUCCACGCCCCCGCGUGAGGCCGAUGACCAGAACCGAGACCGGCAGCCGGUGCCCGCUGCUACCAAAGUGAGUGCAAGACGCCCUGUCCCGGGCCGUUCCGGUCAGUUCCCUCCUGACCCCGGAGAGCGGCCGUCGCACACGCCCAGCUCCCUGCCCGUUGCCUCCGGCUGGCCAGUCCUUGCUGCGAGCCGGGUGAGGGACGAGCCUGCGCCGCUAACCAGUUGCAUUACCCCACGACUGCGCCUGCUUCACCGCGGGACAGACACGGCUGGGGAGGAACAGGCAGCAACAGGCUCCCCCCGCGAUGGACCGGAGGAAGCCGCGGCUGCUGCUGGCCGGACUCUGGGUCGCUGCCCUCCUGCUGCCGGGAGAGUGCCACCCGCCCCCCCGCCUGCCCGCCUCGGCGCCGGCCCCGCUGGAGGACGCGGAGCAGGAGCAGGGCUACUACCUUCAGCAGCUCUUCGGGCUGUACGGGGAGAACGGCACCUUGUCCUUCCACGGCCUCACCCGCCUGCUGCAGAGCCUGGGCCUAGGCCAGGUGCAGGUGGUGGAGAUGGAGCACGAGGCGCUGGGCCACGGGCACGUCAGCCACCUGGACAUCCUGGAGGUGCAGGACAACAAGCACCGGCACUCGCACUCGGCCCUGGAGCACGCCGGGGCGGAGCCGCCCAGCCUGGGCCCCGAGGUGCAGAGACAGAACGGCACCUCCAGGCCGGGAUCCCCUGGAAGGAACCAGCCAGAGACCGUCCGGCUGCACCAGGCUGACCCGAUGCCUACCCUCCCGCCCUCGGACACAGAAGGGCCCAGCGCCACCUGCCCCCCAGGGCACCUUGGGAGCAGAAGAGACCCUGUCCAGCCCCCCCCAACCCCGCCCCGCCUGACCCUGCUGGAGCGGGUGCUGGCCCUGGACCACUCCGUUGCCAACCACCUGCACGAGGAUUGUCUCAACGUGACGCAGCUGCUGGUGAACUUCGGGCUGAAUGCCGGCUCCCAGAUCACGCCCGAGCAGUUUACGCUGCUGUGCCCGGCCCUGCUCUACCAGAUCGACAGCCGGGUCUGCAUCCGGCACCACGACCAGCUGACACCAGAGCCCCUGGGGGGGGCGCUGUGGCCAGUUCUAGGCUGGGGCUUCCUGGCCAUCACGCUCAUCAGCCUGCCCUCGGCGCUGGCCCUCCUGCUGGUGCCUUUCCUCGGCCGCGACUUCGGCCGCCUCCUGCUGGCCUUCCUGGUGGCGCUGGCCGUGGGGACACUGUGCGGGGACGCCCUCCUUCACCUGUGGCCGCACGUACGUACAGGCUCGCCGGGCUCCCCAGCACCCCCUGACCCCCGCCGGGCCCCCCAGCCGGGCAGGCCCGAGCUGGAAAGCCUGGGACCGGGGAAGCACCCAUGGGAGGCGGCGGGAGACGAGGUCGUCUGUGGCUCCAUCGAGCAGAGCGUCUGCCAUUGCAGACAGGGAGCCCAUCACACCCCCAGCCCCCACCCGGGCAUCCUCUCGGCCCCCCUGCCUAUCCCAGCUUGCCCAAGGAGGCACCAGGAGACCCCGCGGGAGCAGCAGGACUCGGUGCUGAAGGGACUGUCGGUCCUGGGGGGCAUUUACGUCUUGUUCCUCAUCGAACACCUCCUGGGCACGCUGAAGCAGAGACGGAGCCGACUGAGCCGCGCCGCAGGAAGGAGCCCAGCUCUGGAUGCAGACGGAAACCGCAGCUUGACCCUGCGGGCAUCGGCGCCUUCCCCAGGCGCAGAAGCCGAAUCGCAGCGUCUGACGGCCCCGGGGCCGCGCAGCGACAGCCCCGGCCGGGGAGAGGAGGGGACGAGGCAGCCAGCGCCGAGCGCGGAACGGACAGACGGAGGAGCUGGCCACCAUGGACACUCGCACGGCCCGGCGGCCGGCAGUGCCGACAUCGUCUGGAUGGUCAUCCUGGGGGACGGGAUACACAACCUGACGGAUGGGCUGGCCAUCGGGGCUGCGUUUUCUGAGGGCAUCUCCAGCGGCUUGAGCACCACGGUCGCCGUCUUCUGCCAUGAACUGCCCCAUGAGCUCGGCGACCUGGCCAUGUUGCUGCAGGCGGGCCUGCCCGUCAAGAGAGUGCUUCUCUCCAACCUCGUGUCGGCCUUCCUGGCGUCUGGCAUGGCGGUGGGCACGGUGGUCAGCCAGGGCGCCUCGCCAAUCACCCCCUGGAUCUUCUCCAUCACAGCGGGCAUCUUUCUCUAUGUGGCGCUGGUGGACAUGCUGCCCGAGAUGCUGUGGCGAAGCUCCGGCGGGAACAGGAGGCCCGUGACGUAUUUCGCCCUCCAGAACCUGGGCUUUCUCCUGGGGGCGGCUAUCAUGCUGUGCAUCGCCCUCUUCGAAGGGCAGAUGAGCUUCCGUGUGGAUCUGUAACACGGGGGUGGCCACACGGCUCGCCGAACUCGGACGGGACGGGGCGAGGUUCCGGGCACCCCCUGCCCCAUGGCUGCUUCGCAGAGAACUAGGACCCCGGACUCUCUUCCUGCUGACGGCUGGUGCGUGACACCCAGGGCAGCCCCCCCACUAUCUGUUUGCUCCACAUCCCCCGGGGGCAAGCGUGGGUCGUACUUGGGGGGGCCCGGAGCUGACUGGUGCGGAAGAGGGGCAGCGUUUUGCUGUUCAGUUCAGGGAGGAGAGCGUGUGGCCAGCACAAUCCCCUACCCCCCUUUCCGUGAGAACACUGCCGUUCAGUCUCAGCGUCUGCCCGACAUUUCGGUAUGUCACGUGCACGAGGCCAGGCUGGCCCCCGAGCGAGUCUCGGCGUUUCGGAGAGGGAAACGCAGCCGAUCCGUGGGCGAUUUUGGGGCGGAGUGCAGGAGACGUCGCUAAAGGGGGGAGCGCCAGAGUCCGAUGGGAGCCAACAGCCCCACGCAGAGGGUGCGUUCAUCGCCGGGAGGAGACGUUCAUCUGGGGAGCGGACACGGGAACUCUUACCUUCACCACCGUCCAGAGACAAGCGGCAGCGCUCCUUCCGCUCCACCGCCCGGGAUAGAGCCUCCGAAGUCCGCUGGGCAGCUAACCGGUUUAACCGAACUGAACAAAAAGAAUCCACCCCACCCCCCCCGCGCCUGCCCACUGAAGCUAUGGUUCUGCAGGGUGCUGCGACUUACCAGACCAGUUUCCCCACCUAGCCUCUGCCAACAGCUUCUGUAAGGACCAAAUCCAGUUUAAUUGACUGGGGGGUCAGGAAACCAGAAUUCCGUUCCCAGCUCUGCCACUGACUUUCCUGAGUGAACCUGGACAACUCGCCCCGCCCCGUGCCUCAGUUUCCCCCAUCUGUAAAACAGACAUGGUGAUUCUGCCCUGCUUUGAGAUCUGAUCUACGGCUGAAAAGCGCUGCAGGAGAGCCCCCCGCUCCCCCCCGGCGCUAACCCCCAGGGCUGGGCGGUGGGAAAGGAGGACGGGCGAGGAAGUAGAAGCAAUAGCAUUUUAAUAAACAUAAUUGAUUCAAAGCCACAAUAUGAAGAACAGGACUUGGUUGCAGCAUACAUUGUAUAAAAUAGAUCAAGUCUGAAUGCUUUUAUUUUGAGUUCCCCCCCCCCCCCCGGUGCCCCCCCCAACUGAUGCAGGAUUUCUCAAAAUACACACAUGGAACAUCUCCGACAAAAAGGGAACGUGGGGAGUGGGCAAGGCAAAGGGGUGGCAUUCACGCUGCGGGGGUGGAUGGCUUCUUGGGGGGUUUCCUUAUUCAAUUGCACAGCCCCACGAGGGGGUUUAACAGCUUUGGGUUUCCCUUGACAAACAGGAUUUUGUAUUUGUUUAAAUUUCCUCCACAGAGACAAGUGCUUGGUUGGUCAGGACUUGAUGUUGGCGCCCCCCCCGGGUGCCGGGUUGUACGGGAGGGGAGAGAAACCAGCGUGGCCCAAAUCUUGCCAAGCCAGGCACCUGCAGCCUCUCGCCCCUGGGGGGGGGGGGGUCUAGGAGAGGGUUUCACACCUUUUUUUCCUUUUUAAAUGUUAAUUGCACAUCAAAACUCUGCUGUAUUUCAUGCCGCGUCCCCGCAGGGUCCCAUACACCUCUGCCGGUAAAGCAGUCGUCCCGAUACUCCACCCACCCACCCGUCAACCGGCAGGGCAAUUUUUGUGCUUUAAACCAGCGGAGGAAGGAAGAAUGAACUGGUUCAGGGGGCUGGGGAGGGGGGAGAUACAGUUGAAGUCUCUUCCAAAGAUUGGUCCAGGACUUGCCCAUAUACCUGCCCUCUGCUGAUAUUGCGGGGGGGGGGGGGG